GUCUAGAAGCUCUCUUCUGAUGGCUUUGGUUUUCUCAGUAAAAUAGAAACACAGUCAUCAGCAGGAAGGAAGUUGAGAGGGAGGUAUGGAGAAUUGAGAAGAGAGCCUGAAACAGUUGUCUGUCAAAGUGGGAAAGUGAAGAGACAGAAAUGCUGUUGCGAUUGGCGUGUAUGGCCAACUCGUGGUUCAUGGUCAAGAAUUUAAGAUCACCGACACAACGUGGAUCUCGCCACGUUUUGGACAUGACUGAGCUUCUCCAAUGGGCCAGAUAUCACUGGCAGCGGCUGGUCGGUGGGACACCCAGGGAGGACGGUGAGAGGCCGUACAACUAUUUCUCUCUGCUUGCCUGCGGGGGCAAGCCCUCUCGGACCCCCAGAGUGGCGGGAAAGCACCGGGUGGUUGUCCCCCACCUCUGGCCCUUCAAGGACGAGUAUGAAAAGUUUUCUGGAACCUACGUGAAUAACAGAAUACGGACUACAAAGUACACCCUUCUGAAUUUUGUGCCAAGAAAUUUGUUUGAACAAUUUCACAGAGCCGCCAAUUUGUAUUUCCUGUUUCUAGUUGUCCUGAACUGGGUGCCUCUGGUAGAAGCCUUCCAAAAGGAAAUUACGAUGCUGCCUCUGGUGGUUGUCCUUACAAUUAUUGCAAUUAAAGAUGGCUUGGAAGAUUACCGAAAAUACAAAAUUGACAAACAGAUCAACAAUUUAGUGACUAAAGUUUACAGUAGGAAAGAGAAAAAAUAUGUCGACAGAUGCUGGAAAGAUGUUACCGUUGGGGACUUUAUUCGCCUUUCCUGUAACGAGGUCAUUCCUGCAGAUAUAGUGUUACUCUUUUCCACUGAUCCAGAUGGGAUCUGUCACAUUGAGACUUCCGGUCUUGAUGGAGAGAGCAAUUUAAAACAGAGGCAGGUGGUUCGGGGAUAUGCAGAGCAGGACUCUGAAGUUGAUCCUGAAAAAUUCUCCAGCAGGAUAGAAUGUGAAAGUCCAAACAAUGACCUCAACAGAUUCCGAGGCUUCCUAGAACAUUCUAACAAAGAACGUGUGGGUCUCAGUAAAGAGAAUUUAUUACUUAGAGGAUGCACCAUCAGAAACACGGAAGCUGUCAUGGGCAUCGUGGUUUAUGCAGGCCAUGAAACCAAAGCAAUGCUGAACAACAGUGGGCCAAGGUAUAAGCGGAGCAAAUUAGAGAGAAGAGCAAAUACAGACGUCCUCUGGUGUAUCCUGCUUUUGGUUAUAAUGUGUUUAACUGGUGCAUUGGGUCACGGAAUCUGGCUGAGCCGAUAUGAACACAUACCCUUUUUCAAUAUCCCUGAUCCUGAUGGACAUGUCAUAUCGCCAUUGUUGGCAGGAUUCUAUAUGUUUUGGACCAUGAUCAUUUUGUUACAGGUCUUGAUUCCCAUUUCUCUCUACGUUUCCAUUGAAAUUGUGAAGCUUGGACAAAUAUACUUUAUUCAGAACGAUGUGGAUUUCUACAACGAGAAAAUGGAUUCUACUAUUCAGUGCCGAGCCCUGAACAUCACUGAGGAUCUUGGACAGAUUCAAUACCUCUUUUCUGAUAAGACAGGAACCCUCACUGAGAAUAAGAUGGUUUUUCGAAGCUGUAGUGUGGCAGGUUUUGAUUACUGCCAUGAAGAAAAUGCCAGGAGGUUGGAGUCCUAUCAGGAAGCUGUCUCUGAAGAUGAAGAUGCUGCAGGCCCUCCCAGUGGCUCCCUCGUCAGUAUGGUGAAACCAAGGGCCCCCAGCUGCAGGACAGUUCAUAAUGGGCCUUUGGGAAGUAAAUCCUCAAAUCAUCUCACUGGGAGCUGUUCUGCUUCAGGAAAUGGAGAAGGAGCCAGUGAAGGGCCUCAUUCCAGACAGGCUGCUUUCAGUAGCCCCAUUGAAACUGACGUGGUACCAGACACAAGGCUCUUGGACAAGUUUAGUCAGAUCACACCCCAGCUUUUGGCCUCACUGGAUGAGACCACCCAAGACCCACCCCUGGAGGCUCUGUACAUCAUCGACUUCUUUAUUGCGUUGGCAAUCUGCAACACAGUAGUGGUUUCUGCUCCUAACCAACCACGGCAGAAGAUCGGACUCUCUGCUCUGAGUGGAAUGCCCAUUAAGUCUCUAGAAGAGAUUAAAAGCCUCUUCCAGAGACUGUCCGUCCGAAGGUCGAGUUCGCCAUCUCUUGCCAGUGGGAAGGAGCCAUCGUCGGGGGUCCCACACGCCUUUGUGAGCAGGCUCUCUCUCUUUAGCCGAAUGAAACCCGCUUCACCUGUGGAGGAAGAAGUCUCCCGGACAGACCACAGCCCCCAGGGCUCUGGUACCUCAGCUCGUCCCGUCGAAACCGAGAAACGAAACAGCGACACGGAUGUCACAGACAGCGGGGCGGAACCCCUGCCUGGACAGCCCUUGGCCUCCAGCCUGUGCUACGAGGCCGAGAGCCCGGAUGAGGCGGCGCUGGUGUACGCGGCCCGGGCUUACCAGUGCACCCUGCGGUCCCGGUCUCCGGAGCAGGUCGUGCUGGACUUCGCUGCUUUGGGACCAUUAACAUUUCAGCUCCUCCACAUCCUGCCCUUCGACUCAGUAAGAAAAAGGAUGUCCGUUGUGGUCCGGCACCCGCUCUCCAGCCAGGUGGUGGUGUACACGAAGGGCGCGGACUCCGUGGUCAUGCGGCUGCUGGCGGCGGCGGCCCCAGAUGGACCAAGUCUGGAAAAACAGCAGGUGAUGAUAAGGGAGCAGACGCAGAAGCACUUGGAUGGUUACGCCAAGCGGGGCCUGCGCACUCUGUGUAUAGCAAAGAGGGUCAUGAGUGACACUGAAUAUGCAGAGUGGCUGAGUAAUCAUUUUUCAGCUGAAACCAGCAUUGACAACAGGGAAGAAUUACUACUUGAAUCUGCCAUGAAGCUGGAGAACAAACUGACUUUACUUGGUGCUACUGGCAUUGAAGACCGUCUACAGGAGGGUGUCCCCGAGUCUAUAGACGCUCUUCACAAAGCCGGAAUCAAGAUCUGGAUGCUGACAGGCGACAAACAGGAGACUGCUGUCAAUAUUGCUUAUGCGUGCAAACUGCUGGAACCAGAUGACAAGCUUUUUAUCCUCGAUACUGAAAGUAAAGAUGCCUGUGUGAUGCUGAUGGACACUAUUUUGAAAGAAAUUCAGAAGAAGAAUCCAGCUUCUCCAGAGCCAGCAUCAUUAAGUGAGGGUUUACACCAGCCUCCCGCCCCCCAGAACUCAGGGCUGCGGGCUGGACUCGUCAUUACCGGGAAGACCCUGGAGUUUGCCCUGCAGGAAAGUCUGCAGAGGCAGUUCCUGGAGCUGACUGCCUGCUGUCAGGCUGUGGUCUGCUGCCGUGCCACGCCCCUGCAGAAAAGCGAGGUGGUGAAAUCGGUACGCAGCCACCUCCAAGUGAUGACCUUGGCCAUCGGUGAUGGUGCCAAUGAUGUUAGCAUGAUUCAAGUGGCAGACAUUGGGAUAGGGAUCUCUGGUCAAGAAGGCAUGCAGGCUGUGAUGGCCAGCGACUUUGCCAUUUCUCAGUUUAAACAUCUCAGCAAGCUCCUCCUUGUCCAUGGGCAUUGGUGUUAUAUCCGACUUUCCAACAUGAUUCUCUAUUUUUUCUACAAGAACGUGGCUUAUGUGAACCUCCUUUUCUGGUACCAGUUCUUUUGUGGGUUUUCAGGAACAUCCAUGACUGACUACUGGGUUUUGAUCUUCUUCAACCUCCUUUUCACGUCUGCGCCUCCCGUCAUUUACGGUGUUCUGGAGAAAGACAAGUCUGCGGAGACCCUCAUGCAGCUGCCAGAACUUUACAUGAGCGGUCAGAAGUCAGAGGCCUACUUACCCCGCACCUUCUGGAUCACCUUGUUGGAUGCCUUUUAUCAAAGCCUGGUCUGCUUCUUUGUGCCUUACUACGCCUACCGUGGCUCAGACAUUGACAUCUUUACAUUCGGAAAUCCACUGAACACAGCUGCUCUGUUCAUCAUUCUGCUCCAUCUGGUCAUUGAAAGCAAGAAUCUGACUUGGAUCCACGGGCUGGUCAUUGUUGGGAGCAUCUUGUCUUAUUUUUUAUUUGCCUUGGCUUUUGGAGCCAUGUGUGUAACUUGCAACCCACCAUCCAACCCCUACUGGAUCAUGCAGGAGCACAUGCUGGAUCCAGUGUUCUACUUAGUCUGUGUUCUCACCACCUGUGCUGCUCUUCUGCCCAGGCUUACAUACAGAGUUCUUCAGGGAUCCCUGUUUCCAUCUCCAAUUCUGAGGGCUAAGCGUUUUGACUGACUGCAGAGGAGAGGAUGGAAGGUCUCAAGAAGUGGUGAGGGGCUGGAAAGAUGAGUCAGGUGACAUCUAAGUAUGCUGACCACUCACCUGCAAUUCAGAGCGAAUACCCAUCUCUGAUCGUUCUGCUGCCUUUGCAAUGACGUCAGCAACUUCUUGUGCGGAUAAACAAGGAAACUCAUCUGUACAUGAAACUCAUCUGAAACUAAGGCCUCAGGGAUGGCUGGACCCUCAAAGGAUUAAAAAAUCAGGUUACCCUCCUUGAGUUGCAAGUAUUCGUUCAAGUUUGGAAGAGGGAUUUUGAAGAGGUUUCUCUACCUAGAAAGAAUGACUCGGAUUUUUCCUUAAGGGACAAGAACAUUUUACUGGACUUGCAAAUGCCAAUGUGAUGACCUUUGCUGUAUGUUUGUAGAUACAUCUGUGAAAGAGCUGAAUUUGACCUGGACAGAGUUUAUAGAAAUGAAAUAUUUAAUUCAGAAUCAAAUGCUUUUAUGAAACUUUUUGGAUUUUGUGAAAGCAUUUUAAUUGUCUUAGAAAUGCAGACAUUCUCUAGGGAAUUCAUUUGAGCAUAUAUUUAUUUUACUCUCUGCCUAUUUCAGUGUUCUCCUGAGGUGGAGCCUUUACUGGGGAGGGGCAGCAGCAAUGCCAGGGUUCCAUGGAGAUGUGUUCUCUCUGCUUCCAGUCAAAAGAAGACUUUACAUGAGGUCUGCUUCUGUGCCAGUAAUGUCAAUGCGGAAACAGGCCGUAGGUAAGGAAGACAGAAUCAGCUAAGUCUAGAGCCCAUUUGGGAAUUUCCUGUAUUCUGAAACUGACAAUAGCCUGAUCAAAAUGAGACCAUCAAUUUCAAAACAGUCUACAAGAGACCUUUUGAGGGUUUAUUGUCUUUACAAUACCCUAUAAUUUUUCUUGUGUUGCAAACUCUAAAAAUGAGAUACUAUAAACUGAGACUAAUACUGGUGGUCCUCAAAAGGAUUCCAUGAGAUUAUUAGAAAAUUUUGUUUUUUUGAUACAUUUCAGGACAGGUAUGUCUAAAUCAAGUUACUUACUGUUGCAAAUCAUAUAUGCUGGCUUUAGUUGGAACAAAGAAACUAGUUUCUACCCAAACUGACAGGUGUUACUAUAAUAUCAUGUAUUCUUGUUGAGUUCUUUUAAAAUUCUGUAUCUAUUCAUCUGAAAAUUGUCAGCCACCCAGAAUUUCCUUCAUGAAAUCUCCAUGCUAAUGUUCCAUGUCUAUAUGAAGGUCUUCUUAAUGACUAUUCAACUAUUAUUCUCAGGGCUUAAUCUUAUACCUGUUGCCUACUAUGCUGGUCUGAUAUUUUUUGUAGCCUUAUAAUAUUAUUGCAAAUGGUCUUUUACACAAACAGAUUUAUAGAACGUUGAAAAUCCUCCAUGGCUAAUUGAGGUAGCUUUCUGCUUUCUUAUGAUUUUUUUUUAAAGUAAACUGUUUAAUAAAUAACAUAUACAAAAA